AUGGGGACGGGGAUGAGUUUGCGAUUUUCUCAUGGGGAUGGGUUUGGGCAAACAAAACCCGAUGGGUUUCGUCCCCGUUGCCAUCUUGAGCACCACUCGAUCGAGAAACACGAUGACAAUGGCAUGCUGGGCGAAAUCGGAGAGAAGGCAAGGACAACGACGGAGGAGUUCCUGAAGAUGGCCAAGGAGAAGACCGACGACGUCGCCGAGGGCACAAAGGAGACGGUGCAGGAGACCAAGGAGGUGGUGCUCGGCGAGUCCGGCGAUGACAAGGACAAGUUCAAGCACCGGGUCGAGCAGGGGAGGUACGACCAGAAAUAA